AAAGAGAACGAAAACAUAGGCGACCAUUUUGAAAUAUUUGUUGAUAUUUUUUUGACAAAUUUACCAUAAAUGAAGCUAAGAAGAACGUCCGAGGACUUGGACGACGACGGGACUGUGAUGAAAACAUGUUGCUGCUGUAUGGACGUUCGUAUUGGGACAAUAGUCCUUGGCUUUUGCCAUUUGUUGAUCCAUAUUGCUGGUGUGGUGGUUUUGACACAAAUGUUGUUACAUCCAGAGAUGUAUGAAGAACGAUACUAUCAUACCUAUGGUACUGUGCCGCGAUCUGCUGAUAACUCAGUUGCUCUUGCCAUUGCAUUUUGUUCCUUUGUUAUCACUACUCUGCUUAUUUAUGGAGCAAUUACGCGUCAACCAAGCUAUCUUUUACCGUUUUUCUGUCUCCAAAUGUUUGAUUUCUGUGUCAAUCUGUUGGGAGCUGUCGGCGCUGUGAGUUACAUCCCAGAGAUCAAAUUAAUGAUAAAAAAUAAUCCAAACUUCCCUUAUGGAGAAGAAGUUGACAGAGUUGACAUGAGGUCAUUGAUGAUGACGGUGAUCUUGCUAUGUCUUAUUGUGCUCCUUAUUAAGGGCUACCUUAUUGCCUGCGUGUGGUCUUGCUACAAAUCUCUUGUAAACUACCGGGUCAAACAAGCCACUCGCACAUUCAUGCUGGAAGUUGAAGGCGAUGAUACUGAGACCCAUGUCUUGCUACCAAACUAUGAAGAUGCCGUGAAAGACACUCCAAAGGAGAGCCCACCACCCUACACUACAUCCAGUUAGAUCGUCUGAAUCAUUCAUUGAUACUUUGCCCUUAACAUUGUAAUACUCUUAAGACUACAUACCUUAAUUAUUCCUUUAUUGAGUGAGGUUAAAAGUCCUGUGUGUAAUUAGAAGUCGCUUUUUCCAUUGUCUUUUUUGACUGUUAGGGUGAACACACUUAAUCCAUGAAAUUUUGCUAAAUCUCAUUUUGUGCAAUUUUGUUAUGCAAUUUAGUAAAUGGUGUUCAUAAAGAAGGAUGGUGAUUCAAAGAGUACUACUCUUCACAAGAAAAUUUGUAUUAAUUUUGUAUAAUUUCACAGAUUAAGUAUGCUCACUCAACUUUGUCCAUUUGAUUUUGAUUUUAACAAUUAUAAAUAUUGAGCAAUACAAUGAAGCAUUUUUCUUGAUAAAGGUUAAGCAUAGAUGCUCAGAUGAAGUUGAUAUAAAAAUCCACAUAGUUUGUCCUUACAUUAGGUUUCCCUUAUUAUAACAAUGUGUUUAAAAGAAGUGGUUUAUUGCAAUUUUUCACAAAAGAAGUUAGUUUAGUUACUCUGCGUGGGAACCCAGUAAUUUCUGUCACUCAUUCCCAGCUCCCAGUGGCUAUGCCUCUAUGGAAUAGAAGAACAAGGACAGAAAAUUACCCCUAAGUUCCCGAGGAUGAAUAGUGACAAGACAGAUUUUUCAACAUAAGUUUGAGAGUGCUUCUUGAUUAAUAUAAAAUAAAAGAAACGAGCAAGAAAAGUGGGAUGUAGAAAGGUAAAAAAUAUAUUUAAAUAAGUAUAUUAUAAGCAGUGUGCGUUAAUCAAUGUACACAAAUGUGUACAGCAUAAAUUAAUAGAUUAGUGAUGCUAUAAAUAAUGAAUUUUACUCUUGUGUAAGAAUUGUGUAAGAUUGUCUUUUAAGGAUAAUCACUAUUGAUUUUAGAAUAAAGAUAAUUAGCUAAACGA